AAACAAUGCAGAAACUACCUGCCAGAAUACAAAUUAUCAGAUUUUCCUCCCUCCACCAUACCAAAAUAUAUCCUCUACCAUAUGCAAGCCUGUUUGGAAUACCUAUGAAAUGAGGAAUGUAGCAAUAAUUUGUUUCAUUUAAAUGUUGACUGGGUUAUACAGUACACCAAGAAUGGUGAUAUCACAACUAUCAUACUAUCUGCUCCCUACACCGUUGGGUGGGUGGGAAUUGGAUUUUCCAGAAAUAGUUCCAUGGUUGGUUCAAGCGCAAUGGUGGGAUGGAUUAACAAGCAUGGUCACACUAAAAUCAAGCAGUUUUAUCUAAAGGGUAAGAAGCAAUCAGAAGUCAUAGCAGGCAAAGGCGAACUACCUCUAAAUACUGUGUCUCCUGCUGUUGCCACAAAUGGAGCUGAAAUUUAUUUGGCAUUUCAGCUUAAAACGGAGAUUCCAUAUGGAAAGCAGCCGAUUUUAUUGGCCUUUAGUACUAAGACUCCACAAAAUCACCACCUCUCAAACCAUGAUGACAGAACAUCCAUCAUAUUUGAUUUUUCUUCAGUGGCAGGUCCACAAGAUCCAGCAUCAGAUGGGUUGAUUCAGAUGAGGAGGAACCAUGGAAUAGUGGGAAUAAUAGGAUGGGGACUAAUCCUUCCAGUAGGGGCAAUUGUUGCCAGAUACUUGAGGCACAAAGAUCCCCUUUGGUUUUAUCUCCAUUCAGUUAUUCAGUUUGUUGGAUUUGCAUUUACACUAGGCACAGUCCUUCUUGGAAUACAGCUCUACAACAACAUGCAUGCUCACAUACCAGCUCACAGAGGAAUAGGCAUCUUUGUCCUUGUGCUAACUAUUCUUCAGAUACUGGCCUUCUUCUUGAGGCCAAACAAGGAUUCCAAGUAUCGGAAUCUUUGGAAUUUGUACCACAGUUGGUCUGGAAGAAUGGCACUUUUCUUUGCAUCCUUGAACAUAGUACUGGGAAUGCAAGCGGCUGGGGCAGGGAGUGAUUGGAAGAUAGGUUAUGGAUUCCUUGUUAGUAUCAUAAUCAUUGCAAUUGUGGUUUUGGAAGUAUUGGCAUAUUUGAAAAGGUCAGAGAAGCGUUCACUUCAUGCGAGUUUCCAAAUGGACUCAGUUCCAGAUCCUUCCUUUCCAAAUAACUUUUCCAAAGUGUCAAAUGUUCCCAUUCAAGCACAAGCAGGCUAUGGAAUAUGAUCAAUGGUCUGUAAUUGUUGACCUAUUCUUGAUGUAUAUAUUCAAACAGCUACAAGUUUGACAAGGUGCAGCAAUGUUAGGCUUCCUCACUUGAAUUUGGUUUGUUUUUGUGAUUGAGUUUUCUGCUAUUGCUUGGUCAGAAAUGUAAUAUUGUGUUUACAAAGAUCUUUUGGCUUUUUUUGGGAUGUAAACAUAGUACAACUUAAGAAGCAGAUUGGUCAGUGAUAAUGUAUAAUCAUUGUUCGGAAGCAAUAACAUAUAUUGCUUUUGUUUUGUUGAAAACCUUUCCUCUAAACAAUUGGGGAAUUAUGUAGUUCCGAUGCUGCAUUAAGAAAUGACGAAUUUGAUUACCA